AAAGAACGAAAAUUUCAUGGAUGGUUUUUGUCAUUUUUCCAGCACCUGUACAGUAUUCACCUGACGGAGCAGAACGAGGACUGCACUAUGCAGUUGGCUGAUCACAUCAGAUUUACCCAGAGUGCCUUGGACUGCAUGGCCGUGGAGGUCGGGCGUCUGCGCUUGUUCCUGCACGCUGGUCAGGAGAAGGCCGACCUCGCCGUGCUGCUCAAAGACCUGGAGACGUCCUGCAGCGACAUCAGACAGUUCUGUAAGAAGAUCCGCAGGAGGAUGCCAGGGACCGACGCACCCGGCAUCCCAGCGGCACUCAACUUUGGCCAACAGGUGUCGGACACGCUGUCAGACUGCAGGAAACACCUGACCUGGGUGGUCGCCGUGCUGCAGGAAGUGGCUGCAGCAGGAGCUCAGAUGAUGUCGCCUCUCGCUGAACAGGACGGACUGACGGCCGUCAAACUGGAGGACGUGGCGUUCAAGGCGGGAGAACAGAUUUAUGGAUCUCAGGGCGCUAACCCCUACGAGUAUCUGCGACAGUCCUGUAGCAUCGUCAUAGCAACCAUGAACAAGAUGGCCACCGCCAUGCAGGAGGGAGAGUACGACUCUGAGAGGCCUCAGAGCAAGAAUCCUCCACCAGUGGACGUGCGAGCAGCCGCUCUGCGAGCAGAGAUCACAGACGCUGAGGGUCUGGGUCUGAAGCUGGAGGACAGAGAGACGGUCAUCAAAGAGCUGAAGAAGUCGCUGAAGAUCAAGGGGGAGGAGCUGAGCGAGGCCAACAUCCGCCUUAGUCUGCUGGAGAAGAAACUGGACAGUUCGUCCAAGGACGCAGACGAACGCGUGGAGAAGAUUCAGACUCGACUGGACGAGACGCAGACUCUGCUGAAGAAGAAAGAAAAGGAGUUUGAGGAGACGAUGGACGCUCUGCAGGCCGACAUCGACCAGCUGGAGUCAGAGAAGGCGGAGCUAAAGCAGAGAAUCAACAGCCAAUCAAAGAUGACGGUGGACGGACUGAGAGGAAGCAGCCAACCAGGAAUCGCCUCCAUCAUCACAGGAGCAGAGGAACAAAAAGGAGCCAUGAUGUCUGGAGCGGGUUCAUCCUCAGGAGUCCAGGUGAUCGACUCUCCUCUGCUGACUCAGCAGAUCCACGCUCAGAGACUCUGCAUCAAACACCUGAAGAACGACAACAACAGGAUGAAGGCUGAGAAGAUGCGCGCUCAGCUCGCCGCUCUGCCUCCGCUCCACGUGACCAAACUUCCCUCCAGAGAUGGAGGACGUCCCGAAGUGCUCUCCAGCGCCCUCUACCGCAAGACUGAGCAGCUCCUGGAGACUCUGCUGCAGAUGAGCGCCAACAUGAAGGUGGUGGACAUCACCGGAAAAUCUCCAGUGACACCUGGUGGUCAGCUCCUGGAACAAACUGCUAGAUUACAGUCUCUGAGGGACACGCUGGACAGACUGAGGGACGAAGUCGCCGAACACGUCGUCAACCAACAACCUGGAGCUCGAGUGUCGUCAGACUUUGCCACGUUUCCUUCCACGUUGUUUGUUAAGGUGAAGGAGGAGAAACAGGGCGACGCGGUUCUGGUGGGUCGGGUCAUGGUGCCGUGUCUCCGUGGUCAGGAGCAGGUCCACCGUCUCGUCAUGUCUCAGUCUCAGCUGCACAGAGUUCACAGUCUGCUGCGAAACUAAAGCCUCAGCUGUCCUUCUGUCCUGCAUCUUCAUCAUCAUCAUCCUCAGAGCAGACGUCAGAUUACAAUCUUUUGUCCAAUUAAGCGUUCAGUCAUAAAUUUGUGUCAUAACAGACGACAUGGAAGAGGGGCGGAGCAAUGGGGCGGAGUACUGUAAGCAAACAACAGCAUGUGUUUGGAAAUGGCUGAAAAAUACUUCAACUCGCUGCUGAUUUAAUUAAGUAAUUGAUUAAUUAUUGUUGCCCUACUUUUGGUUUGUCUAUGCUCGUGACUGAUGUAGAGGAAUCAAACACGCCAGACUGCUUUCCUGUGAGGGGGAGGAGUGGGGGGCGUGGUCUGUGACCUGACCUCGAGUGCUUUCAGCCACUUAAAUAUUGACGACUGAUCGUGACUUUAUUGGUUUUAUCCUUUGACUGAGUGAUACUGAAUUUUGACAGUAAUUAGAAGUUAAAUUAAUGAUGAACUGUAUUUACAUGUCUGCUGCAUGUGUCCACUGAAAACUACUGUGUGUUUGUUGCUGAAUAUAUAUUGAGAACUGGCUCUGGUGUGGAAGCUGCAGUUCACGCUUGAACCACUGGAUGGCGAUUUCUGUGUUCAACUCCAUUUUUAUAACCCGGCUGUUUUAAAGGGAAAAGAAACUAAACUUGUCACUGACGACAAAGUUUAUGAUUAAAGCAGGUUAAUCUUUACUUUACUGUGUAAAAAGAAAGCUAAAUUAUGUCACAGAUUUAUGCACUUUAGUCUGAUAAACGGUAAAAUAUGGUUUAAAUGAUUUACUAUUUAUUACUGUGUACUGUUACAUGCUUGAAGUAGAAAGACAGUCUUUGUCCGAGCGUUAAACCUUAAAGCUGUCAUGUGACAGAGAGCGACGGUCACAUGACUUCACCUGUUUUCAAAGCAAAUCCACAUCUUUGCCAAAGAAUGUGUUUGAAUUUAUUUCUGAUAUUUGUGUUCUGAUAAAAGGGCCGAGUGCAUUGAUGUGACUGUUGUACGUGUUGUGGCUUCCUGCUCGUGCACAAACCAAUAACUGAUCAAUAAAGACGGUUAAAUCCA